AUGCAAGACAUCGCCUUUUUGUCUGGUGGUCGGGGAAAGGACAACACUUGGAUCAUUACGUUUCCAGAAAAUUGUAAUUUCAAAUGUAUAUCAGAAGAAGUGAUAACAAAAGUAUUGACUUAUUUGACAUCUAUUGCAAGGCAAAAUGGAUCUGACUCGCAGUUUACCAUUAUUCUUGAUCGACGAUUAGAUACAUGGUCUUCUGUCAAAAUAUCUCUCCAGAAAAUCUCAGCUUCCUUCCCUGGGAACAUACACUUGGUAUUGGUUCUACGUCCAACCAGUUUUCUUCAACGGACUUUCACAGACAUUGGAUUUCGAUUUAGUCAGGAAGAUUUCAUGCUCAAACUACCGGUUGUUAUGCUGAGCUCAGUUAGUGAAUUGCUGACAUACAUUGAUGACAAGCAAUUAACCCCUGAGUUAGGCGGCACCUUGCAGUACUGCCACAGUGAAUGGAUCCUCUUCAGAAAUGCAAUAGAAAAUUUUGCCCUCACAGUGAAAGAAAUGGCUCAGAUGUUACAGUCCUUUGGAACCGAACUGGCUGAGACAGAACUACCGGAUGAUAUUUCUUCAAUAGAAGAAAUCCUUGCAAUUCAUACUGAAAGGUAUCACCUGUUGAAGAAUGAUAUUACAGCUGUAACCAAAGAAGGAAAAAUUCUGCUAACAAACCUGGAAGUGCCUGACACUGAAGAAGCUGUCAGUUCAAGAUAUGAACAUCAUGAACAAACAAGUGGUGACUGGCAAACUAUUAAUAAAUUGCUGACUCAAGUACAUGAUAUGGAAGUUGCUUUUGAUGGAUUUUGGGAAAAACACCAACAAAAAAUGGAGCAGUAUCUGCAACUAUGGAAGUUUGAGCAAGAUUUUCAAGAGCUUGCACAUGAAAUUGAACUUCUAUUAGCCAAACAAGCGGAGUUUGCAGAUGUCACAGGGAAUAUAGCUCAAAUAAAACAAAAAAUAAAACAGUUGGAAAAGUUAGAUGAAAAGUCUAAGGAUCUGUUAACAAGGGCCCAGCUUGUGAUUUUACAUGGACACAAACUUGCAGCAAAUCACCAUUAUGCACUUGAUUUGAUCUGUCAGAGGUGCAACGAGCUCCGUUAUCUUUCUGAUAUUUUGGUUAAUGAGAUCAAAGCCAAAUGGAUACAGCUCAGCAGGACCUUAAAAAUGCAUAAACUCCUACAGCAGGCUCGUCAGUGCUGUGAUGAAGGAGAAUAUAUUCUAGCUAAUCAGGAUGUAGAUAAGUUUCAGUCUAAGGAAGAUGCUCAGAAAACCCGCCAAGAUAUUGAACAUUUUCUUGAAACGGCUCUGCCCUUUAUAAAUUGUGAUCCGAAAACCCUACAGUAUGAAUUUGAUGUAAUUUUAUCUCCUGAACUCAAGGUUCAAAUGCAGACUAUACAACUCAAGCUUGAAAGCAUUCGAAGUAUAUUUGAGAACCAGCAAGCUGGUUUCAAGAACCCGGAGGAUAAGUGUGUGAGGCCAAUCCAGCUUGUGGCAUCUGCUUCCAACAAAGUGAUCAGAUUGAAAACACCAUUUACUUUACCUAAACCUGGGAAGAAGAGUUGGAAACAAAGUCAGAGGAACUUAAAAAUUGAAGUGGUGCAUGAUUGUCUGGAGAAGACAAGUUCUGGUCAAUCCUCCAGUUUGGACAAUAACAAUAGCUUGGAUAUUUUAAAGAACCAUGUCCUGAAUGAGCUGAUACAGACCGAGAAGGUGUAUGUUUGUGAGCUGUUUACUGUUUUGUUGGGCUAUAGAGAGGAGAUGGAUAAUCCAGAGAUGUUUGAUCUUAUGCCACCUCUCCUGAGAAAUAAAAAGGAUAUUCUUUUUGGAAAUAUGGCAGAAAUAUAUGAAUUCCAUAACAACUUUUUCAUGAGCAGUCUGGAAAAUUGCACUGAUGCUCCAGAAAGAGUGGGACUUUGUUUCCUGGAAAGGAAAGCUGAUUUUCAGAUGUAUGCAAAGUAUUGUCAGAAUAAGCCCAGAUCAGAGGCAGUUUGGAAGAAGUAUUCAGAAUGCGCCUUUUUCCAGGAAUGCCAAAGAAAAUUAAAACACAGACUUGGCCUGGAUUCUUAUUUACUCAAACCAGUGCAACGACUCACUAAAUAUCAGUUACUGUUGAAAGAAUUAUUAAAAUAUAGCAAAGACUGUGAAGGACAUGAACAAUUAAAGGAGGCACUUGACACAAUGCUGGAUUUACUGAAGUCAGUUAAUGACUCUAUGCAUCAGAUUGCAAUAAAUGGCUAUAUUGGAAACUUAAAUGAUCUGGGCAAGAUGAUUAUACAGGGUGCAUUCAGUGUUUGGAUUGGCCACAAAAAAGGUGCUACUAAAAUGAAGGAUUUUGCUAGAUUCAAACCAAUGCAGCGGCACCUUUUCUUGUAUGAAAAGGCCAUUGUUUUUUGUAAAAGACGUGUUGAAAGUGGGGAAGACUCUCUGAGAUACCCAUCGUACAGUUUUAAGCACUCUUUAAAAAUGGAUGAAGUUGGAAUCACUGAACAUGUAAAAGGAGAUAACCGCAAGUUUGAAAUCUGGUAUGGUGGGAAGGAAGAAAUUUAUAUUGUCCAGGCUUCGAAUAUAGAUAUGAAGAUGAUAUGGUUGAAAGAAAUAAAAAGUAUUUUGUUGAAGCAACAGGAACUUACAACAGUUAAACAUCAAGAGCAAUAUAAUCAGUUAACUGCAGAGGGCCAGCUUUCUUCUCAGCAGAAUGAUGAAAAGCAGCAGGGGGAUUGUAUAGGCCCCCAGGAAACUGAAUCAGAGCACCCCAGCUCGGUGGUGGAGGUCUGUAAGGCCAUCCCGGCAGUUGAGGCAGAAGCCAAUACUGUUUGGACUGCAGAAAUCUCUGAAGGGCCUGAGACAUGGUCCAACGACUAUUUCUACUCUUCCUAUGUUGACAAUGAAGAAGAAAGACCUCUAAUGCCUCCAGACAAAUAUAAAGCCCUAGCAGAUUGCAGGAAUAGAGGCUCAGAAGACCUCCUGAUUAGAAAUGGAGAUGUCAUUCAGCUUCUCCAUGAGGAUGUUGAGGGUCAAUGGUUUGUGAGAAAUCUAAACAGAAGAAAAAAAUGCCUGGUUCCAGGGAACAGUUUGCAGAUUUUAAUCGGUGACUAUAGGUUUCGGAAUGCCAAAGUUACAGAUGCUGCUCUGAGUAACUCAAGGAAACUAACUUCCCCUUGA